CAUUAAUCAGGCUGCUUCCCUGCUCGCCUCUUCCUGGAUCUGACGACCGUAUCCUAGAAGCAAGUUGCUCUUUUUUAUAUACUUUAACACCGUCGUAUAGAAAUAUAUAAGUCAGAUUUGGUGCUCUUCGGUCUGGUCAACAAACAGCGGUUUUGAAGAUGAGUUACCCAGGAUACCCACCCCAAUCCGGCGGAUACCCACCACAGGCAGGGGGCUACCCACCACAAGCAGGGGGCUACCCACCACAGGCAGGGGGCUACCCACCACAAGCAGGGGGCUACCCACAACAAGCAGGGGGCUACCCACCACAAGCAGGUGGUUACCCUCCAGCAGCAGGUGGUUACCCUCCAGCUCAAGGAGGUUACCCCCCAGCGCAAGGAGGUUACCCCCCAGCGCAAGGAGGUUACCCUCCAGCGCAAGGAGGCUUCCCACCUCAAGCAGGAGGUUACCCUGGCCCAGCUGGAGGCUUCCCUCCUCAGGCCGGUGGAUAUCCUGCACAACCUGGACAAGGAGGUUAUCCUUCCAUGCCUCCAGCAGGUGGAGGCUGGGGUGCAGCACCAGGCGGCUACGGCCCGCCAGGAGGAGCUCCGCAGGGAUACCCAGGGGGUCCCGCCCCAGGCCAACCCAUGCCAAAUUACCCCGGAGCCCCUGCCACUGGCCCCUCAAACCCUGCUUAUGGAGGAGGAGUUCCAUUCAACCCUCAGGCACCAGCAAUGCCUAGAGGUUAUCGGGGUUCCAUUAAAGAUUUUCCUGGUGCUGAUCCAUUGAAGGAUGUCGAAGUUCUUAGAAAGGCAAUGAAAGGUUUUGGCACUGAUGAAAAUGCUAUCAUCGAACUUCUGGGGAAUCGCUCCAACAAGCAGAGAGUUCCAUUGGUCGCAGCCUACAAAACUACUUAUGGGAAGGAUUUAAUCCGUGACCUGAAGUCUGAGCUGACUGGUGACUUUGAAGACCUGUGUGUUGCCAUGCUGAAGACCCCUGCGCAUUUUGAUGCAUCUGAGCUCAGAGAGGCUAUAAAGGGAGCAGGAACUGAUGAAGCUUGUCUGAUUGAGAUUUUGUCAUCGCGUUCCAACGCAGAGAUUCAAGAGAUCAACAGGAUCUACAAAUCCGAGUAUGGGAAAACCCUGGAGGACUCCAUCAGUGGGGACACAUCUGGUCACUUCCGCAGACUCCUGGUCUCUCUCUGCCAGGGAAAUCGUGACGAAAGGCCAAAUGUUGACAUCUCUCUGGCUAAGCAGGAUGCUCAGAAACUAUAUGCAGCAGGUGAAAAUAAAGUGGGAACUGAUGAGUCCCAGUUCAAUGCCAUCCUGUGCGCUCGCAGUAAACCGCACCUUCGUGCAGUCUUCCAGGAGUACCAGCAGAUGAGUGGGAAGGAAAUAGAAAAGAGUAUCUGCAGGGAAAUGUCUGGGAAUUUGGAGUCUGGCAUGGUGGCAGUGGUGAAAUGCAUCAAGAACACCCCAGCCUACUUUGCUGAAAGGCUUCACAAGUCGAUGAAGGGAGCCGGCACCAAGGACAGGACCCUCAUUCGUGUCAUGGUGUCCCGCUCUGAGGUUGACAUGUUGGAUAUCAGACAGGAGUAUCUGAAGGCUUAUGGGAAGUCACUGUACACUCACAUCUCUGCUGAUACCUCUGGGGAUUACAAGAAGCUGCUUUUGAAGCUGUGUGGCUCAAAUGACUAGACAGAUUAAAAGAUUACAUCUCAUAAGGACACUGUAUACAGUAUGUCCACACUGAAACAAUGGUGUAGGCCUUAUAUCACUUUUGAUGCAUGCUGCAAAACCUUAUAGCCAAUCAAUGCUAUUUUUGUAAUAUUUGAUGAUUUUUUUGUUAAAUGUGCUUAAUGACAAAUCAUAUCAUAGUCACAUAAUUGCUUGAUGAGUAAACAACUGAAGAAUAUUUCAGACUUYAUUGAAAUUUAAGUUUUAUAAUUUUGAAAACUUGUCCCAGAAAAUAAUUAAGAUGCACUACAAACCCCCUUAAAUAUAAAAGCUGUUUUUGUUUAACAUGAAAAGUAUGAUACAAAUACAGUAACUUAUUUAGAACAUAGCUUAACCUUAUUACUCAAUAGUUUAAUUUUAUAUAUAUGUAGGUGCUAAUACAUUUUCUUGAUUGUUUUGUAGAUUAUAUUAUUAAAAAUUUAGCUAAAUUUCAGAUAGUAGACAAAUCUAUACUUACUUGGAUGGCAAAGUGAAGUUUAGGAUCAUCUUUGAAUGUCAAAUAAAUUCUGGGAAAAUACUUUCUCUUAUUUUUAAUGAGCUGGUCCACCAACCAAAUGUUUACUCCCGCUUGCAAAUCUAUGCAAAUUAUCAGCUAACAUUUUUAUAUUGCUAAUUGUUAUAAUUUACAGCAAAAAAAAAGUUGCCUUUCACUUUAAGCAGAUAUGCCAAAGUUCAUGAAUGUCUCCUAUAAGUGUUUCUUUAACUGGUUUGGUUAAAUAAUUAUGUUCAUAGUUGUAAAACAACCAAAAAAAUAUUUUACUUUAUUUGUUUCAUGAGAUUAAAAAAAAAAAUGUAUUUUCCCUUUCAGCCAGUAGAGGGUGCCAGAUUCACAUUAAGUGCCAUUUCAAACCUUUCUAUGAUUUUUUUUUUUUUUGUCUUCUUUGCCACAGAAAUGUUUAAACCCAAUCCCCCCAAGAACAAUCACUUUUCAUUUGAUUAAAAACGUGUUUGGCAUAU